AUGCGUGCUGUAAUACAACGAGUUAAACAAGCAUCUGUCAGGGUAAAUGAUUCAGUUGUCAGUCAAAUUGGUCGUGGAAUACUUGUUCUCAUUGGCUUAUCAAGACGAGAUACAGAAAGUGAUAUGGAGUAUAUUGUUAGAAAAAUAUUGAACAUUCGUUUAUUCCCGUCUCCAGAUGGUACACGUCGUUGGGAUAAAAGUGUCAAGGAUUUAGAUUUGGAAAUUCUUUGUGUUAGCCAAUUCACAUUGUAUAGUGAAUUAAAAGGUAAUAAAUUGGAUUUCCAUUGUGCUAUGGAUCCAAAAUUAUCCAAAGAAAUCUAUUCACAAUUGAUUAAUCGAUUACAGAAGAAUUAUAAUGAAGAAAAAGUCAAAGAUGGAAUUUUUGGCACAAUGAUGGAUGUUAGUCUUAUUAACGAUGGACCUGUUACUAUUACACUUGAUUCAAAUCCAGUUAUUGAUCGAAAUGUUACAAAAAAUUCACAGGAUAAUAAUGAAACCUCGAAUACACAAUAACUUAAAGUUGUAAAAUUAUAUCCACUGUUUAAAUUUGUAAUAUAUGUAAAAAGAAACAGACAUUUUUUAACACUUCGUUCUAUUUUCUUUUGUGACCUUUUCCAGACCUUUUAAAAUUUUUCAUAAACAUAUUUUAUUUGAA